CACGGGUGGUGAGCGAAGCCGGGCGCCAAGAGCCGGAGCAAACUCGCAGCUCUGCCCUUUCCAUGCUGCCCCAGCGCUGCUGCGCAGGGAGGCGGGUGGAGGAGGAGAGGGAAGGGUUACCCGGCACGGCUGCCUGUUAAAGAGAAAUAGCUCCACUGGCUCUGGAGGAUGAGCAGAAGGAGCUGUUGCAGAUAAGCGCCGGCGAGCUGAGGAUGUGAGAGCAGGCUUGCUGCUGGCACGGGAGCCGGAGUGGGGACGGCUGAUGGUCGCCGGCCCCCAGAGCCCCCCGGCGAGCCCCGCGCACGCUCGGCAUCUCGCCUCUGCUGGGUUUCGAUGACCAUCGGCAGCAGCAUGAGCAGCGGGUACUGUAGCUUGGAUGAAGACCUCGAGGAUUGCUUUUUCACAGCAAAAACCUCUUUCUUUCGGAGCACCCCGAACAAGGUCCCUGCCAAGAAUGUAACGCAAACAGUAGAAGAAGAAAAACCCGAGCCUCUGACCAUCCAGGAGAUCAAACAGAAAAUUGAAAAAUACAAUGCAAAAGUUACAAACUGCCUGCUGAUGAAGCUGAAUGACGAUGGGACGUACACAGGUUUCAUUAAAGUGCAUUUGAAACUGUGCCGCCCGGUGACGGUACCGGCAGGGAUCCGGCCGCAGUCCAUCUACGACGCCCUCAAGGAGGUGAACCUGGCUGAUAUAACGGACAAGAGGACCUCGUUCUACUUGCCGCUGGAUGCCAUCAAGCAGCUCCACAUCAGCAGCACGACCACGGUGAGCGAGGUGAUCCAGGGGCUCCUGAAGAAAUUCAUGGUGGUGGAUAAUCCUCAGAAGUUUGCACUUUUCAAGGAGAUGCGGAAGGAUGGGCAAGUGCUCGUCCAGAAGCUCCCCCUCACCGAGUACCCCCUGUACCUCCGGCUGCUGGCGGGCCCCGACACAGAUGCGCUCAGUUUUGUGCUGAAGGAAAACGAAACAGGGGAAGUUGAGUGGGAUGCAUUCUCCAUCCCAGAGCUACAGAACUUCUUGAUGAUACUGGACAAAGAAGAAAAGGACAAAAUCCAGCAAGUGCAAAGGAAGUAUGAGAAGUUUAAACAGAAACUGCACCAGACCUUGAAAGAAGCCAGAGGCAAGCCUGGAUAACUCCUCAGGAGGCACUGGGUAUCAGACUAAGCUUAGAUAUUAUUUUUAAAAAGAAAAGAGACUUCUCAGGACACCUUAUAGUGGUCACUCUCCCUCUUCAUCCCUCCAUUAUGGACUGGCUCACAGCACCCAUAGAAUGAACGUAUUGUAUUUCCUUCUUCUGAAGGCUCUUAUCCCUGGACCAGAGCCAGUCAGAGAACGGGAAGCCUGUUUUAAAACUAUGGCCGUCACCACGCCGAACACAGCUGCUGGUUUGCUUUUCAGCUGUACCAUCAGAUGGAGAAGCUUCGUGGAAAACGCUCAGCGUUAAACCCAGCAGGAGCAUCUCCUGGCUGAUGUUUUGAGCAGGGUAACGCUUGCUGCUCACACUCCUCUCAGCAACUUGCUUGCGCUGGUUUCGAGGUGCUGCGGCUUGUUGCGUGUGCCCACGUGGCCGAGUUCUCAUUUUGUAAGUAGAGCACAGGAAGCAGCAGAUAAAGCGGAGGAGGUGGUUGCACCAAACCACGUGGGUGUUGCAGCUGCAACUGGUGCCGGGCGGACUUGUUUAGGGCUCCGAUGGCCAGGGAAAUGUAAAGUUAUGAUACCGACGCAGCUGCAACACCCCAACAGUCUGUUAGUAAGUAUUAUUGAAACUCGGUAAUGUUAAUUCCAGGAAAAGGGAUCCAUUUCGAUGCCACUCAACUUCCAAUUUUGAAAACAGAUAUGAAAUUAAAGCAAAUACUCCUUAUGCUUAGCUAAGCUAGCCGGUGCUUUACCAGUUUUCUACUCUGUAGGAACUGGGACCUAUGUUUUAACUAAUUCUGUUUGAAAAGUGUGAAGACGAUGGUUGGGGCACAGGCCGGUGGUUCAAUACUGAAUGUUUAGCAAUACGUAUCCAACAGACUAACCCAGGAAGGCUCAAAACCCCCUUUCACAAAGCAAACGAUUUUGAGCUAUCGACAGGUCUGGCACGGGGGGAGCGGAGCUCUGACCGGGGCCAGGGCGUGGAUGUGGCCCCAAGAACACAGGCUGCCUGUGGGGGAAAGCCUUAGCACCAGGAAGAGUAAGGGACCUGUUAACCUCAAAUGCUUUCCUCCCACCACUCUCUCAUACCGUGCGUCCUCCUGCUGAGCCUCCUUGCACUGCUCUCCCACCGCUCCUGUCCAUGGCACGCCAUCCUCUCCCUCCCUGUGCCGCUCCGUACGCGUCGUGUUCGCCUUCUCUCCCUCCCCCCCCGCGAUCGGUGCUCUGCCGGCACGUCCAGGAAGGUUGCCAGGUUUUGCUCUCUACACGGCGCUAGGAGAGGAGAGUAAGGCUCUCUCCCCGCUCUCUCAGGGCCCCCACUGUCUCUGCAUGCACUGUGCAGCCUUCAAAAAAACCAGACCCCUCAAGCUGGAGUGUCAGUGACUGCCAUAACGCUACCCAGCGAGCCCGACCUCGCCGGCGCCGCGCAGCGCUCGCUGGGGGCGAGGAAGGCUCCAGGGGUGCCGCUCUGCCAGAGGAUGGUCCCCACGGUUACUCUCAGUGCUCCGCACAGCCAGGGUCCGUCUUCCCUCUGUUUACACAGGUCACCGCAACAAAGCGGAGAGAGACAACCGGGCCGUUCCUCCUAGCCGGGUUCAGGCGGCACAUGUGAAAGGGUUUCACAGUGGCUCGCUGACCAAGCGUCCCUUGGCGCUGCUGUGACCCCCACCCGCACGCCGUGGGAAGGGACGCCACAGGUUAUUGGGUAACAGCUCCCACAGAGACAAUGUGGAAGACUCUAAAAUUUACCUCAGUGCCUUCCCCCCCCCCUUCAGUGUGAGAACUUUUACAUUUGGGCUAAGGAGGAAGGUGGAUGGGGCUUUUGUCAAGAGGCCUUGUCAGUCCUGGCCCCCGUUUAGCCUGUUGUGGUGAGGCUGCUUUGGCCGUAGAGGGACCAGGAAGUGUUUUGUUGGUUUCUUGAAGGUGAUUGCUUGGGAUGAUUUUUCCCCCCCCCCCCCCCCCCCCAGGUUUAUACUUGAGUAUGUUUGUUUCUAAACCGAAGCGAAUAACUGCAUCACUUAAAGCCCCUCGGUUUGUAUAAAUGCCACGGUCUGCAAAGCUAGUUCUAGCGCAUGUUUUAGUCGGCAGCGUAGAAGGGUUUGCUAACAGGGCUCUGGCCUCUGGCACGCGGUGCAGGAAGGGCCUCCCAGCUGUACUGUACUCUACACCCAGAUGACCUUUAACAACGUGGCAGCAGCCCAAAUGGAGCAGCAGUUUUCAUGCUCUGGGGCUGUUUGUCUAUUUACAAGAAUACUUACUAACUUCAUUAUGCACUUGUGGACUAAUUUACAUAACAUUUGUCUAGCGCUUUCAGUCUUGAAAGCUUUGUGUAACUACUUCUGCUCAGUCAAGAGAAAGGACACUGUAGAAACUGCCAUUGGUUCCGAGAAGUAAGACCCAGACACUUGUUUUUAAAUCCCUUCUCUUUCUGGCUAGAAGUUGUACAGAUUUCCUUUGUCGUCGUUUUCUACUGGAGUUUCUGUGACUGCCUCCCUCCCCCCCCCCCAGGAACCCAGCAUGUCUUUGACAUUUUGUAGAAGGCAUGGCUUCUUAUGCAAUUACUGUGAAUGCUGCUGAAAACCCCCUGCAAAGGGGAGGGCUGCUUCUUUUACUUUUUUCAAGAUAUGGAGCAUUUGAGGAAUUGCUAGAUCUUGAAACUCAAAUUCUUAACAGUCAGUUGAGCUGUGUCUAGGAUAGAAGUACUGGCCCCUUCCUUAAGCGCAAAAUACUGUUGGCAGUGCCUUUGGUUAGUAUAUUGUGUUGCCUAGUUCGAGUGAAUUUUUUUCUUCAUGUCCAUUGUAAAACAUGUACAAUGUGUAUAGAAUGGAAUAGUAAAGCUUCUAUGGCAAAAUGAAAUGCAUUUUUGCAUUGCUGUAAUUUAUUUUUACUACUUUAGAGCAAUUCUAUGGCAUUUUUAAAAAAUGUCUCAUGUCUAGCUUGUUUUGAACAGUCUGAAACUACUUGUUCAUAUGCAGACAAUGUAAAAACAACAAUAAAACUGUCAAUAAUUAAAUAAAUCU